AUGCCCCAACCAUCUAGAGCUAAGCAGCAAACGCUGCAAAUAAAGUUCUGGUUAUUUGGUUUGGAAGUAUCAUAUUUUGUUGUGAAUUAUGUCCCUGCACCCAUUUGGAAACUAAUGGUCUUAAUCUUCGAUGUGUUUAUGUUCUGGUUCCGUAAAGUAUAUGAUGUUCUGAGCGGACGAUCAGCAACUUCAAGAUACAAACAAGACCUCCAAAAUGCACAGAGUUUGGAAGAAUGGUCCUACGUUGCGUCUCGUCUAGAUUCCAUCUCCGGUGGGGAAUUGUGGAGACAAAACUUUAUCAGCAACAAAUACGAUUACAAAUUGAUUAGUGAAAGGCUCCACUCCCUUCGGAACGCAAGAGAAAGUAAAGACUUCCCCCAUCUGUUGACGCUGCUGAGGUCCAGUCUUCUAAGGAAUUUUGGUGGUAUUGCAGAGAAAGAACUUUACACUAGGGCCUACUCGGGCACCAAAACGCUUAUUGAAACCUAUGUUGCCGAAAUACUAAAAUGCCUUAUAUUCAUCAAUGAUUUUGAAUACAAAGACGACUUUACAAACACUGUCAACAGCUUCAAUCAGUUGAAACUUGACUUUUUCCAUGAUGUGAGGCAAACGUAUGGUUCCACGGCAUUGAUUCUGCAAGGUGGAAGUCUGUUUGGGUUGUGCCAUAUAGGCGUGAUAAAAGCCAUGUAUUUCAAAGGUCUAUUGCCAAGAAUUAUCUCAGGGUCUGGAGUCGGGGCUGUAGUGGCAGCAUUUGUAUGCUGCCUGAUUGACGACCAUCUGCUGUCGCAUUUGGUGACAUUGAGUAAACAAAUGGCGAACCUGCCCGAUGAGGUAUUGGACAAGCGGUCAGGGAAAGUGGUGGAAAAUGUUGUUGUACGUGGUUUCAGUGAAGACACUUUAAACUUCAUGAAGUAUACCAAAUCCACGAUCAAGCAUCUCACCUUCGAGGAAGCAUAUCUUAGUACAGGGAAAGUACUCAACAUUAUGGUGCAUCCUACUAAUUCUUCAGCUCCAUUUUUAUUGAACUACAUCACCACUCCUAACGUGAUGAUCAUAAGUGCGUUGUAUUGUUCAAUGGGAAGCGGAGUACUAGUGGAAAAUGCACAUCUAUAUGUCAAAGACAUCAACGGGGAGAUAAAACCUAUGGACUACCCAGAACCAUGCAUAUUUAUGACACCCCAUGAGGCCAACACGUACAUGGGCGUUACGUACACCCGGCUUACAGAGCUGUUCAAUGUCAACCACUUCAUCGUUUCACUCGCGAGACCAUAUCUGGCGGCUUUGGUAGGAAAUGGGUUGCGUCAUUCGUCGACAUGGUAUCCCAAGCGUGUGCUGAGAACAGUUAUGGGUCUCGAAUUACAGCAUCGUAUUGACAUGUUAAAUCGUUCUGGUCUGCUUUUUGGAUUCAUCAAGAGACUAGCCGUCGACGAUAAGACUCCCACUACCAGCACAAGUGAGAUAACUAUUGUUCCGCAUCUUAGGACGCUAGUGAAGGAUUUCACCAGAAUAUUUGACGUUAGCAGGUCCAACGAGAAUAUUCCAUACUGGAUUCUGGUGGGAGAACGCAGUGUCUGGCCACUAUUCCCAAUACUUUGGACUAGGACAGCCAUUGAGUUUACCCUUGAUGAUCUGUACAACAACCAAAGGAAGAUGAGGUAG